AUGCUAAGGAAAUGCUGGGAUCAAGAUUCUUUAAAACGUCCAGCCAUAAACGGAUUAACACUUAAUGAGUAUCAAAUGAAAUACUAUUAUGGUCAUUAUGAUUCGAAAUUACGGCAGGAAUUGCAUAAUUCAUAUCAUGCAACUAUGAUAUAUAACAUUAUGGAAUGGAAGCCAGUCAUUCCUAUUCACAAGGAUGCAGCAUAUAAAAGUCGCAUAAUUAGUACUAGUAAUAGUUAUAUGACUCGUCAAAACGACAUGACACUUCAAUACGAAAUUUGUGAUAUACCGUAA